AUGGUGAACAAGUUUGGCCAGUUUGUCUUGGGCCUUUUGGGCACGAACGUUGCGUCCAAGUUCUCGAUCACAGUUGGCAGCCUCGGCUCUUGGACGUACCCGGACGACACGGCGGCCGCGUCGUUUAUCGAUAAAGACGGCACAUACUAUUUCCAGCAGUCCGACGGCGAAUACGCUCCGACGGCGACGCGCGUCUGGAGCUUCUUCACGGGCUUCAACAUUGACGAUGCCAAACUAUCGCCUCUGACCCACUCCGUCAACCCGAAUAACCCGCUCGACUCCAACGGUAACACCACCUGGCGAUGCAACAAUUCACCCACAGGCCGCGAGUCGACAUACGCGCCCAACGGGCCUGCGAGUGCGAUGCACUAUUCGCAACGCAACUUCUGCGAUCUCAUGGGUGUCUGGAUUGACCCAGACACUGGCGACUGGCAUGGUCUCGUCCACAACGAGUUUACACCACAGCCUUUCGGUGACAACUUGCACUACGACGCGAUUGACUACACGGUGUCCCAGGACCAGGGCAAGACGUGGAACAUCUCUCACCACAUCAUUACGUCGCCGUACCCCACUGUUCGUGGUGACAACAAGACCUUCCCUCACGAGACGUAUUACUACGGCGACGGUGACCCGCGUCUCAUCGUUGACGUCGCUGGUGGCUACUUCUAUGCUACGUACGGAUCGCGCGUCAUCAGCAAGGGCGAGGGUGGGUGGUGGACGACAUACUACACGCACGCAGCGCGCGCUCCACUGUCAGGAAAACUCGCCAGGGGUUGGCAAAAAUGGUACGCUGGCAGCUGGUCCGAGCCCGGCAUUGGUGGCAAGGAGAGCAACAUUGUGCCCGUGUCCGACGACAACCAGAACGGCUACACGGCCCCGGAGGACGAGUACUCGCCCCUCACGCCGGGCACCGCGCCCGAGCAGAUCGCCGCGGGCAAGAUGCCCCCAACUUCGGCUCUGUUCUGGAUGGAUGUCAGCUACAACGCAUACCUGGGCUUGUGGAUUGGCGAGCCCAACAACCUCAUUACGACGACGACCACACCACAAGAGUUUUAUGCAACAGACGACUUGUCAACUCAAAAGUGGACACUGAUCGGCGACACUGGGGACGCCUACCUGACCAAGUCAGCGUACCGCUUCCUGCUCGACGAUGUGAGCAAGAGCAGCUCUACGAUUAUCGGCAAGAACUUCCGUGCAUACUGCUCGUAUGGAUGCUCGACUGGCAACAGCGAGUUUGUCCACCUUGCCAUUGAUGGUGCCGCAGCUGUGCCCGUGGACACUUCGAAGCGGUACGUCAUCCGCGCAGGUGGGCAGGCGCUGGACAAUGACCACGGGGUCGCCACAUCGACGCACCAGGGCACGCAGUGGACCUUUGCUGCUACUGGUGAUGGCGCAUACACAAUCAUUUCAGUGGCGGGUGCGCUGGGUGUGUCAUCACAGUCGACCAAGUCGCGAGCAUGGGGUUCGUCUCUCUCCAUUGGCGUCGCUACCGGUGACAUUGGACAACAGUGGUGGGUGCUCCCUGACCGCUCAGGUGACGGCAGCACCGGGACUGGCGAGUUCCGCAUCGUCAACCGAUUCUCAGGCCUGUACCUUGCCCUCUCGGGCGACAAGGACCGUCUCGCCGAGGCCACCCCAGGCCGAUCGUGGACUGAUAAGUCGGGUUCAAAGGUUGGCGGAGGACGCAGGCCUGACGAGCAGACCCUCACUUUGGUCGCCGUGUAG